AUGCCGGGCACUCCAUCGGCCAGGGGCUGUGACGCCUGCAGAAGACAGAAGAAAAAGUGCGAUCAACUCCAGCCAGCCUGCGGGCGAUGCCACCGUCUGCGAAUACAGUGCACCGGUCGUGGCGCGGUGCAGUACCGCUUCAGAAACCAGUUUGUGGACGAAUCGUCCAAGCCAAGAAAAGUUUCAGAAAACCAGCAGCCACCGGCUCGCUCUACUUCUCCUCGGGACGUCGCUCGCCAGCAGCAACUUAAAAAUAGGCCGCUGUUGCCUCUCGUCAAGUCCCCGACAAACGAAGCGACCUAUUCCGUGUCUGGGUUCGUCUCCGUUUUGGAAAUCACAGAUCCGCGGUACGACGUCUUCAGCAUGAGCCACUGGCUGGGAGAUCUGCCGAGGCGGUUCGGGUCCAACAGGGCUCUCGACGCCGCCAUGCAAGGCGUCAUUGCAGCGUUUCCAUGCCUCUACUCUAAAACAGUCACGCAGCGGGCCGUGGAUGCCUACGAGGAGGCGCUCAAGUAUAUCAGGCUAUCUCUCCAUGAUGCGCGCACCAAUGUCGACACGGAAUGCAUGUGCGCGCUGUUCUUGCUUCAUAUCAUCUAUGACUGGAUCGGCAAAGGAAACGAUGCGGACGGCAUAUUCGACUUGGGGAUAUCGUACAUCCUAAAAAGCACGAGACGUGGCACCGCCUUGAAUGAAUUCGAAAGGACGGUGCGCCGGACCUUGUCGGUUUGCAUCAUUCUAGAGAGCUUUCACCGCCACAUUGACCUCGACAGCCUCAUCGGUACCCUGGCCAUCGCAGAAGGCCCCAGGCCAUACACCCGCGCCGACGGCAAAGCCUACAACAGCCUGUCCAUAGCGAGCCUGGCGAAGCUCCCCACGCUCCUCCGAGAACCGCGACGGCAUCUGGAGCACAUCAAGCAAGACUACCGCAUCCUUCAGAUUGAGGUCACACUGCUUCGAAAGCAGCUCCUUGAGCUCCGCGACUAUGCCAUCUCGCAGAUGCUCAUGGGCCAGCUACCGCCGCCCGCCCUCAACCGGUUGAUCAGCAGCGUUCGGGCUGGCUACGCGCUGGCUCUCUCCAUCCAGAUCGAUUUUGGGUCCAUCAUGCAGACGUACGAGCCCGACUUGGAUUUUCAGACAGAACUCGACGGGCUGUGCAGCCAGGCGCUGGACCUGGCAGCGCUGGUGGAGAAUUGUCGUCCGAUUGGAAGCGGCGUCGCGCGGUUGCCCAUGGUCGCGGCCUGGCAGACCACCACGGACCCGAUUCAAAAGGCGCUGCUUGGUGAAGCGAUGGAGAUGCUGCGAAGAGACGCGCCGGAGAGUCUAGACUGGGUGACCAUUACUCCCAACGUAUUGCACCUGUCCAGAGCACAAGCAUUGCAGUGA